AAAACAGCUAAGAAACUGUUAGGAACUGUUGACGAUCCAAAGUUUCACAACACUGAAUUUAUGAAGUUUAUAAAAAAGCUGGGCGAAGGUUCAAAAGGUGAUGUGAGCAAAGACUGGACAAAUGAAUUUUUGUCGUCUAACACAUCAAAGGAAAAUAACUUGGAGGAAUCGUGGGAGCACCGAAUUCACUCAAGGACAAAAACAGCAGUUGCAUGAACGUGAUACAAACCACCUUAAUAUCAACAGUGAAACAAUGAGUCAACAAGAACGAGAGAAGUUUUGGCAAGUUUUGCAGGACGAAUGGGAAGAAAUGGCAAAAGAAGAUAAACUAAAUGAGCACCCAUGGCUGUCCGAGUUUAAUACUUCAUCAUUUGAACCAUUCAAAGACUACAUGUUUGAAGAAGAUAACCCUUUGAAGGACCACCCCGAUCCAUUAAAGGAGGGCAAACGAUGUUUAGAGGCAGGAGAUCUGCCUUCUGCUGUCUUGCUUUUUGAAGCUGCUGCACAACAGUCACCGAAAAAUCCAGAGGCAUGGCUUUUACUGGGUGCAACUCAUGCAGAAAAUGAACAAGAUCCUGCCGCCAUAUCUGCAUUAAGAAGGUGUGUUGAGUUAGACAAGGCCAAUUGUACAGCAUGGAUGGCUUUAGCAACAUCAUAUACCAAUGAAUCAUACCAGACCCUAGCUUGUGAAUCACUAAAGGAGUGGGUUCGAAGCAAUCCUGAGUAUAGUCACUUAGUUCCCAAAGAUGAGGGCGCUCAUCGGAAACCAAAAGUAAUGGCAUCUACCUUAGCACCCAGGGAACUGAUUCAAGAGGUUCAGGAUUUAUACAUUGCAGCAGCUAAUCAACGUCCAAAUCAGAACAUUGAUGCAGAUGUCCAGUGUGGUCUAGGAGUCCUGUUCAACCUGACUGGAGAAUAUGAAAAGGCUGUUGACUGCUUCCAGUCUGCUAUAAGUGUACGACCAAAGGAUGCAAAAUUAUGGAACAAAUUAGGAGCAACUUUAGCAAACAGCGAGAGAUCAGAAGCAGCAAUUGAUGCUUACCGAAAUGCCCUAGAAGUUUCCCCUGGCUUUAUCAGAUGUCGAUAUAAUCUUGGGAUAUCUUGUAUUAACUUGGGAGCACAUAGGGAAGCAAUGGAGCAUUUCUUGGAAGCUCUGAACAUGCAGGAAGCUGGUCGAGGACUUGCAGGCAAAAAAUCAACAAAAGCUGUUUCUGACAAUAUUUGGGCAACUCUUAGAGUCUGCCUUUCAUCACUAAGUGCCAUACAUUUAAUGGAUGCUGUUGAGAAAAGGGAUUUGACACGGUUAAACGAAGAGUAUGGUAUAGGAAAGUCAACGUGACUUCCUGGUAUAAAGGCAAACCUCUCCUCUUCCCACCGUUCUCCACGGAGACACAGGCUUUCUCAAGAGAUCAUAUUGUAUCUCUCAUCAACCAGUUGUCCUUCUGAAGAUGGUCUUCCUUGUGAAUGUCUUACUAAUAUUCAUGGGAAAUGAGUUUGAAACAUUGUUAAAAUUAACUUAGUAAGUACUGAUAUAUUUUCAUUUGCAUUUUGGCAUGUGGCUUUGGUAUUUUUUCUCAGAAAAGUGGUUUGCAUUAGUAUGUGAUAGAAUAUUUUCUUACAUUCCCUAUACUUUUAAGUACUUAAACUGUGAUUUGGCCUUGCUUACAAAUACGUAAUUGUAUGUAUGGAAUUAUUUGAAGUAGAGACUAGAUUUAUUUUUUCUCAAUUCAGUAUGGAGGUUGAAAGUCCUCCUGGCUGUGUAUAAAUUUAGCCAAUGUAGUUCCCAGAUUGUCUUGGGAUGAUUAUAUAUUCUUGUUGAGGAUUUGUUUUUAGAAAUUUUUAUUUCAAAGUUUAUUUGUCUAUAUAUAGUGAAUGUUCAUACGAAAGUAUUGAGCAGCUUUACCACAAAUGUUAGAUACUACAUGUUGCCUAGGUAAAUUUAUCCCAGUAAGGAAGUGAGUGCAAUGAUGUUAAAACUAUACUAAACUUACAGUAUGUUUCCUUUGCAUGUCAAUUCCUGGUGCAAUAUUUUAUAUAUGUGCAUUCCUUUCAGUUUUGGGGAAAUUUCAACCUAGUGAUUGCUAAAGAAUUGAUAGGACAAGAGAGUUUGAUUUUGUUAUUGGACAUUUUUUGUCAUGACAUUCAUAGAUAUAGACUCCUUUUGCAUAAGGAACAAUUUUCACACUGCCAUUCAUCUACUGUUAUAUCAGGGCACAAAAUUAAUGUCACUGGAAUAAAAUUUUUACUUGAGUUACAAACAGCAAUUUCACCGUCAAGAAUGCAUAAGUUCUCAUUCAUUUUUAUUUCUUCUACUGUAUAUGUUAUAUUGAAGGUAAGUGGUAUUGUAAAUGCAUAAGUAUUUCCACUUUACUUUGUCAGCUACAAAGUAGGAAACAGGAAUUGCAGCCAACAACCUUGCCAAUGAAUUGAUCCAUACUUGUAAUUUCAGGGCUUUUCAGAAAUCCAAUUUGUUUCAUGACAACAAACACCUUGCUUUACAUUAUGAUGUUCAAAGAGUCAUGGCAUACAUAAAAAAUUUAUUUCAGUCCAAUCAAUCCUCUCUGAAAUAGCCUAGACACCCAAUAAACCUUAAGAAUCCAUGAUUGUCAUUAAUAUGAAAAGACAUUUGAUAGUUUUUACAUUUUUGUUGUCCUUCAAGAAAUUUAAAAUUUUAAUGGAUGCUAGAACAGCAUCUUUAGUGUAGGCUUUAUAAAAUCUUUGCCUUAUGAACAAUCAAUAAAUUUACUAUAGUAUACUGUACACAACAUCAAGGACCUCCUCGAUUGGUUUCUAUAGAAAAGUUCAUACCAUUUAUAUUGUUUAAAAAUAUAAAGCAGGAAAAAAAAAUUAAGAAAUCCCCUAAAAAUUAGACAUCAUAUACCCAAAAGUCGAACAGCAAAUUUAUUAGGCAUAAUUUUUGUCACGCCUAAAGUGCAAGGGCCAUAUGCCCAUAUAAAGGACAAGUGAAAAAAUGCAUUAAAUUUGAUAUAAGAAAUAUUAUAAAACAAUCUGGGAGGUAACAGGCAAACCACAUUGCCUAUACAAAGUAAGUGUUAGGUCCAUCCAAUACUAGAUUUUAGAUAUACAGUUCAGCAUCGGCUCCAACUUUAAAAAGUUUAAAACAAAUUUAUCAUGACGGACUCAGAAUAUACACUGGAGCUUUUACAUUUCUCCCAACCUCCUCUGUCCAAGUCAAAAGUCAUGUCCCACUUCAUUGUGACCUGAUAGUAACGCAUAGCACAGUGAAAAUACAAGUGAUUUACCAACUGAGUACUUUAGAUCAAAGAUGUAUUUAUAAACAGUCAUUCACCACCUUUCAUAAUAGACCCAGUAGACUGCUUGAGUCAACAAAUAACAAUAAUGGAUAAAUAUGCUCCAGUAAGAGAAUUACCUCCACCUUGGACUAUGUGUAGAAAAUAUUUAUCAUAAAUAAAACUAUGCAUUUACCCGAGAGAAUCAUGAAUAUGUUUUAUAACAUAUGAGAGAGGUAAAUGUUCAUACUAAGCAUGAAACACUGAUGGGUCCAAAUCUCCACCAAGCAUGGGAUUUGCAGCCAUACCACCCAACUAAACAUAUUUUUCCUUGCUUAAUAAUGCUUCUAACAGCAGAAUUAUGUGCCAUGUGAUCUGCCAUUUAAAUUCUUGAAGAUAUGCCUUUGCAGAAAUUUACAUCAUGGAAAGAUGGUAAAAAUGUAAAAAUAUGGUAGAUUCCUGCCUAUGUUGGCAUUAAAUGAAAUGAAAAAGCUGAUAAAGCAGCCAAAGCUGCAACUGCUGUGGCAAGUGGCAGAAUAUAUGAAACAAUGAACAUGACAGUAGCAAAUUAAAAUUAGCCCAGUGUUGGAAUAUGGAAUUCAUCGAAUCAAAAGGACAGACAUGCACAUAAUUUGUUUUGACAUAUCUUUGAGUGAAUAGGUCACUCUUGUUUGACAUGAAUAUUUCAUAUGAUCCAACCCCAUUUAAACAUGGACUGUAGAGCAACACAAACAGUUAAAACAUUUUAUUUCUGAGCAUCCAAAAGAUAAUCAACAUAGGCUUAUUUAUUUUGUCAAUUUCCAUCAUUUCCAAUGAGCCCAAUUAUAACCCUGUUAAAAGAGCUGUAAUUUAACAAAUAAAAUCUAAGCCUUAUCAAUAACACAGACAAAUCCUAAGGGCCAGCCCUAUGACAAAUAAAUAUGAAGCUCAGUGGUCUCGUUAAAAUAUUUAACAAUUAUACGACAAGCCAAAAGUAUGAGCUAUGGUGGUCCCCUUUUCAUGGUGUUUCAUCAUAAGCACAUUAGCUUCCAACAAUACAGCAUGAUGUUUAAUAGCAAGAGUACUAGCACUAGCAGUAGGAACUUUCUUAUAGCCAUGUAAACAAAUAAAAUUGUCACUAAUUCAGAGCAAAUGAGACAUGAAUAAUAUAAUUAUAUAAAAAAACAAUUUGAAGAAACUGCCAUGUACCAGAGCUGCCAAGCAGAGGAAUGCUGGUACUAUGGGCACUACAUGGCAGGUAAAUAAGGCUAUACUAUUUUAAAAAUUGUUGACCUUAGAAAAACUAUAAUUUUUUUAUAUUGUAACAUUCAUUUUUAUGUGCUUUUGCACUUUAGUUUUUCAAUAUGAUUUUUCAAUAUAAUUUUUUAAAUCAUUUUUGCUGAUCAGUGUUUAAGUUGCAUAAAGUGAUGAUAGCUGAAUUUUAUUUUUCUGCAUCAACAAAAACCGUUGUAAAGUAGAAAAUAGGAGGAGUAACAGCUGGUUAGUCAAAAACAUUUUACAAGUUAAGAAUAGUAGUAGUUAUAUUUGCUGUAGUUUUACACUGAGGAAAGCAGUAAGCCAUCUUGGAAUUAUAUUAAACAACUUUAUUGUAUUACUGUCAUGUUUGGCUUGGUGACCUCCUUCUAAUGGGUUUAAUAAAUCCUCAAAGCCCAAGAUAGCCAAUUCCACACCAAAAGCAUAUGAUUUACCUCUUCCCUUCUCCUAACCAUCACUACACCAGUCAAGAAAUCAGGACACAUUCUCUUUAAACCAACCAGCAUACAUACAUACUUGGCAUGUGCAAAGGUUAUUCAAUCUGUAUCUUCCCCCUCUCACCUCAGAGCAUUCAGUCUUUGCUCCAUACAUUCAUCUGCACAAUACAGCUCUAUUUACAUUUACCACUUUUUGCAGAUAAGUACAUAUACCCGCUUGCAGUGAUAUAAGUGCACAUAAGUAGAAGUGCAGGCAGCAAUUAAGUUUAUUUCAUUAGGAACUCAACUUUUUGGUAAUUUUAAUUAGUAAUCAUAACUGAGUAACCCUGAUGCAAUACAAUACCACUUCCUGACCCUGUACGUAAUUGGUGGAACCUUAUCACAAAUUAAAACUUUGCAAUUAGGGAAUGGGUAUUAUUUAGUGAAUAAGACUGCAAAAAUAUUUGUUAAAUUCACUAGAAACUCAGCAUAUCAAUGCAUUUGGUUAUCACAGCAGUCUUGGAAAUAUAUCUUUAUUACAGAAAUAACUUAUGUAUUGAAUUUAAAGAUUGAAUAUAAAAAAAAAUGUUUGUGAAAAAUUUUCUUAAAAUAUUUUGUCUAUAAAUUUAGCUCAGAUUGAAUAUAAAAAAAAAAUUUGUGAAAAAUGUUUUUCUUUAAAUAUCUUGUCUAUAAAUUUAGCUCAGAAAAGGUUAAAUCUAUUUGUUCUUGAAGACUCAGUCUUCACUUUGCAGUUUUGUUACAUAUUUGUUUCAAUAACCCAAAAGUGACUAUUUUUCCCAGAAAUGAGCAUUUAGACAUUGGGUUGUGUUUGAACAUUUAGCCAAGUCCUUCCUUUUGAGUUUCAGCAUGGUGUAUAGACAAGUUACUUUAUACCAUCUUUGUGUGCAGAUAAAUGGAUUGAAAUAUAAUACAAGGUGAUAACACAGAGAUGUUUAUCUAAUUUAUUCUGUACUUGGAUCAAAAAUUGUUUCAGGAAAGGGAAAUUUGUCGAAAUGAACCUGACAAACUUACGGGCUUUUUUGAGAAAUGAAAUUUAGUGAAUAGUACAGAUCUGUACAUUAAAAAGCAAAGAGCUAUCAUAUUACGACAAUGUUAAAGCAGCUUUUACAUGGACUGGUCUUAAUUUAGUUUAAUCAAAGAAGUCAUAUACAUGAUCUCUGAGAAGUAUUCGUGUGAUAAGUAAGCCAUCUGUGAUUUUGUAAUUCACAAUUUUCAUUGCAAUACGUACUCUUGUAUUUGUAUUAAAAAAUAGUUAUAUACAAUAUGAAGCUGGUAACAGUAUAUGGAUGAACUACUUAGUGUUUAUGAGUUGUCAAGAUUGUACUUUAAAGGUAAAUGAUAUAACAUCCAAGCAUAACUGUGAUAUGUAAAAAAUAUUGUGUGGAUUUACUCCUUUAUUUGUAUUUGAUAACAAUCUGCAUAGGAAUUUGGAUUGUGUACCUUAUAUCUCUUACAUAUUUUUGGCUUUGAUGUAAUAUCUUUUCAUCCUGACAUAUAAGACAGAAUUUGGUGGCAAUGUCUUUAUCAGUUAGUUAUUGGACAGUUUAAAUUGAUAGAAAGUACUUAGGAUAAUUCCCCCAUAUGCAAUUUUUAUUUAUCUUGGAAAAGAGGAAAACAACCUCUUUGUAUACAGUGAAUUUUUGGAAACUUUAGAGGAAGAUACUGUUUGUUAUGUUAGAUCAAAGAAACUUGGGACAGUUCAUGAAAUUAUAAAGAAGUGAUAUACAGAGAAAAUGUUUUUGAUAACCUUAUAAUUUCUUCCUGACAGUGUUAACUGUCAAUGUUAUGUUAAAACAGUAUAUUCAAUACUGGUCUCACAAAUUUUAGUAGCCAUCUGGUUUUUAAUACUGAUGCUGUCCAAUUAUGUUAAAGGUUUCCUGUGAGAAUAAACUUUGUAAUUUGCCGUUUACAAGUUAAAAGUCGAAGACAAGAGUUAAAUUUAAAAGUGACCAUAUAGUGGACAAUCCUGUCAUUUGUACAUUUGAUGAAUAUUCCUGUCACAAAAUUGAAGCCUGUUUUACUAGACCUGUGCCUUAGUAUCCAUCUUCCAGUCAGCCCAUAUCAGUGGCAUUAUUCUUUAUUCUUAAUUUUUUUUCUUUAUUCUUAAUUUUUUGUAUCCUUUUCCUAAGAAAAGUUAUGACAAUUCCUUUUUAACCAUAGCUUCAGGAGUGCAGACAAGUGACUUAGAGCAUUAUUAUCAAUAGGGGUUAGUUUUUCCAGACCUCUGAGUCUCAAGUAGACUCUUCUCGGGCUGGUUCCAACUUGGAAGUAUACCUCUUAAGUAUUUUUCGCAUUUUUACAGGAAAGCAUUUUCAGCUUUUCAAAGAAAGUCGGGUUAGACCCCAUUUCAGGUGGUCAGUGUUACAAAAUUUUUUUUGUUCUGUAUUUUCAGCAUUGUUCAUUAAUUUUCAUUCAUGCAUCUUUGCAUAAUGUUUAUUAAAUUCUGACUGUUUCUUGUGUAUCUCUCAUAAUCUUAAGUUUUAUUAAAAACCUCUGCUUUUAUAAUAAUUUUAAUAAGGUUAUUGACCUUUAUACAAAGCUCUCAUAGAUUUUGCAUACUUUUUACAUUUGUUUUAUGUGCAUCUCCUCUAUCAACCAAUUUUUGUCACAUUUUUUUAGUAUAUUCUGUAAGUCUUCCACUUGACUAUCAAGAUGGGUAUUUAUUGGUACAGGCUGGUUCUAAGUGAAUUCCCUCUUGAAUUAAGAAGGCAGUUUGUCAGUGUUAAAUAUCUUGGCUACUUCCCCACUUACUGUGUUGGACAAUUUUUUCUUCUGAAGUCUAUUUUUUUUAUAUUUUACAUUAUCCAAUUCACUUGCUAUUUUGGGAAACAUUUUCUUGUCAAUGUAGAAUUUUAUUUUCAUGAUAAUUGUGCAAAGUUACCCAGCGAAAAUUUGAGAGAAAUAUGCUUUCAACUUUUCAUCCUUCCUAGUAGUAAUCCAUUUUUAUUGAUACAUUUAGUAUCUGAACUUUUUGUUUUUGACUCAUGACUUCAUAAGCCAUACUGUGCCUUGCAGGAAAAUAUCAAUCCUUUUAUAAUAGAUCAUAAGCAUACCUCAGUUUUUUAUAAUUGCAUUCUGGUAUGUAAUCCCCCAUUGUUCCAGAUGGUAGAAUUGUUUUUAUCCAGCAUCUCAUUAAGUGAUGAUGUAAAGGAUGGAUGUGUUUAGCUGGUGUCAGAAGUUUUAAAAUUAAUGGAAACGUAAUAUGUCUAACAUGUUAACCUUGUCAGUAUUUCUUCACUGGAACUUGGCCUCCUUUGCAUUAUCAUUCUUUUAUAUUUUCCAUUAGAACAGAGGUCAUUCAUUUAAAGUUUUAGGCAACAGACUGUUGUGUAUAGAGGCACAAAUUAGCUACAAGCUCAUAUUGUAGCUGUUAGCAAACAAGCCUUUUUGAUGCCACAGGCUAAGUACAUCCUUUGUCCAGUUGUUUCAUAUAUCUAAUUUUCUGCCAGUUUAACUAAAGUUUAAAAGCUUUUACUCACAACUUACCAUCAGAUUGACACAUUUCUAGCUUUCUUACAGUUUGAUGCUACAGUAUUAACUUAGAAAUGGCCUACCAACUUCAUUGGAUUUGAUAUAGCUUGUAAUAAUGUAUGAAGAGUGCUUUACUGUUAUAAUUUGGAGUAUUCUCCUUUAGGGUUUAUAAUGUGGGUUGUAAGUGAGAUGAUAAUCAAAAUAGGUUAGUUUCAGUUUCUAAUUCUGUGGGAUUAGAUGUACAUAAAUUAUUAAAUGUUUAAUAUUC